UCCAAGCGCUUAGUCCAGUGCUCUGCACACAGUAAGCGCUCAAUAAAUACGAUUGAUUGAUUGAUUGAUUUAGAUGAUCGGGUGAUAGAAAGGAGCAGUGACUAAUGUUGACAAGGGUCAGCUGUAGUCUUCCCUGAAUCUGGACACAUCACCAGUACUACCCCAACGAAACAGUGUAUUACAUCCAGCGGACCUCAGGUGAACAGGCCCAGUGAGCUCAGCCGGUGCCAAGCAAUCACAGAGAAGACCCGCAAGGAUUUCAGAGCGUCAGCAAAAAGGAGUAACAUGCCAAACCUCAAGCUGGUCUACUUUAAUCUGCGGGGAAGAGCAGAAAUAAUCCGUUACCUGUUUGCCUACAUGGACCUGAAAUAUGAAGACCAGAGAAUAGAGCCUGCGGACUGGCCGGGAAUCAAACCACUGCUCCCAUUUGGGAAAAUCCCCAUUCUGGAAGUUGAUGGAGUGAUCCUUCACCAGAGCCUGGCCAUAGCGCGGUACUUUGCCCGAGAAGCAGGAGCAGGCAUUCAGCAAGCUGCUCGCCGACAGGGCUCCGACGUUGCUGCGGAACCUGGAGGCCUACCUGGCGGAGAGCGAAUGGCUGGUAGGCCAAUCGGUAACCUGGGCCGAUUUCUACUGGGACAUCUGCAGCACGACACUUCUGGUCUUAAAACCCACGUUGUUAGACAACUUCCCCACCCUCGUGGCCCUGAGGGGCCGGGUGCGAACCAUCCCCGCCAUCGCCGCCUGGAUCAGCCGGAGGCCGGAGACGAGGCUAUAGAUGGGCUUUCUCUGUCUGCGAACUCUCUCUCCCCCAAUCCCACCACUUCAGGUUUUUAUUCUCCUUCCUUAAGGCAUGUAAAAGGACCUUUUUUUAAAAAAAAUGGCAUUUUUUUAAGCCUUACUAUGCAUCCAACCCUGAUCUAGGCGGUGGGGUAGAUACAAGUUAAUCAGAUACAAUCGGAUACAAGUCAGAUAGGACAGUCAUCAUCAUCAUCAUCAAUCGUAUUUAUUGAGGGCUUAC